GCUAGUUCAACGGUGCAUGUGGGACUUGGCCCCACUUGGUCCCUGCCACCUCGGCCACCCUCGCAGACCGCCAAAACCCCCACUGGAAAACCCCCCUGGCCUGUGGCGGGUUACAACGGUCCCGCCCUGUAUAGCCAUUCGGCCGCCCAUGCGGGUGUCCGAACGGCGUCGAUUGUACGGCGUACGGAGGUUAGAAAGUUGCUGAUGCUGCUGACUAAUCUGUUGGUGCUGUUGAGCAAACUGCUGUAAUGGGAAUGGUGAUUCCUGCUGUUGCUGAGAAAGAGCCUGCUGCUGCUGCUGCUGCUGCUGCUGAUGCUGCCGCUGAUGCUGCUGCUGAUGCUGGGAAAGCACGUACUGUUGUUGCUGCAGCUGCUGUUGGGAAAGAUUCUGCUCGUGCUGCUGUUGUUGUUGCCGUGAAAUUACCUGUUGCUGGUGCUACUGCUGCUGUUGCCGUGAAAUUACUUGUUCGUGAUGCUGGUGCUGCCGCUGUGCAAAUGCCUGAUGUUGAAUCUGCUGCUGGUGGACCUAUUGUGUUUGCUGCUGCUGUUGCUGCUGUUGUUGCUGAGAUUCUUAUUGGUGUUGGUGUUGGUGUUGCUGUUGCUAUUGCUGUUGUUGUUCUUGUUCUUGUUCUUGUUGUUGAUGCUGCUGCUGUUACUGCUAUUGCUGCUUCUGCUGCUGCUGAGUUUGAUCUUGUCUACACUGCUGCUUUUGUUGUUGCUGUUGCACUGCCUGCUGCUGCUGUGGACGCAUGGGAUGUUGUUGCAAGGUUGCACCUGUUGCUGGAUUCUAUGUAUCUUCGGCGGUCAUGACCGCGGGGUCCAACUCACCUGGCGGUCGGGAACCUAACCGCCGG